AUGGCAAGCACAGGAGGGGUGCUUGUCGAUGAUAUCGUGCUGGAAGUGCUCCGGAAGUCCCAGCUCGAAGCCUACCAGGAUAAAUUCGUUUUUGUCUUCAAUGUUCGACGAUUUGAUCACUUUUCACAUGUACGGGACAAGGAUAUGCAGGAUAUCGGAAUGCAGCAGCCACAAAUCAGGCAGCUUCGUGAACAAAUUCUCAAAAUGUCAAGAGAAAUGUGGAAUCGAAGCGAUCCAAAGCAGGUGUACGUGGCCGGUGACCAAUCAACACAAAAUCAAAGUGCAAUUGAUGAAAAGAAAUCUGGAGCUGCGGCUGUCAAGUUUCCGAUCAUUUUGAAAAUUUUAGAGGGUCUCCUGACUCCUGAAAAUGUCAAUAUAUCAACUGAAAAAAAAACGUUUUUCAGCGAGGCUGCUGGAAGAUACACGUGUAUUGCUGAAAACAAGGCUGGACGUUCUGAGAAGGACAUGAUUGUGGAAGUUCAAGUACCACCAAAAAUGAAACAAGCCAAUCAGACAUUCGAUGUUGAGGAAGGCGGUACUUUGACUCUUGAAUGUCCAAUUGAGGGAACUACUGUGAAAGUCAAAUUUCAGAACCCCAAUGGAGCGCGGGUCAUUUAUUGGUACACGGACGCUAUUGGAAAAGUUGAUCCCAACCGAUCUCAGAUAUCCGGAGAUGGAACCAAACUCUUCAUCAUUCAAGCCCAAGAGAGCGAUGCUGAUCGCUACACCUGUCGCGCUCAUAAUGAGGCUGGACAGGAUAGUUCUGUCUUCACAGUCAAUCUACUCAGUAAUAUUCAUCUACAAAUUUUUCAACUUCACGUAAAUCCACCAACCAUACCCGGAGAAGCUUUCAGCACCACUGAAAUUGUUUCCAACACAACUAUGGAGCUGAACUGUCAGCCAACAGGAAAACCAGAUCCAGAGAUCACUUGGCUGCUAGAUGGAAAACCAAUUCUGCCAGGAAUGGCAAAUGUUAGAGUAAGCAGGACCUUACAAGUUAACUCUUUAAGAUUUUUUUUUUCAAAUUUCAGUUCGAAGAUAACAACAAAAAGCUAUUCAUCGAUUACAUCAAGCCAAGUCAAGAAGGAAGAUACACGUGUCGUGCUGAUAAUCAGUUGGGUCGUGCCGAACAAGACACCUAUGUGGAGAUAUCAGGUUUGUGAAAAACGGAAGCCGCCGAGAGUUGUUAUGGCUUCUGAUAAGAUGAGAGUUGUGGAAGGACGACAAACAACAAUUCGUUGUGAGAAAAUAUUGCGAAAUAUCAUGCGGGUAGUUGGCAUGUGUUUGCCAUCAGUAGGAGACAUAGACGUGCGGGGGUAUAGCUCAGUGGUAGAGCGCUCCCUUAGCAUGGGAGAGGGCUGGGGUCUUCGGAGAGCCAGAACCCAAAGUGUCCUGGUUGAAGGAUGGAGAACCAUACACCUCGGAUCUCUUGCAGCAUUCUACCAGACUCUCUUACCUUCAUCUGAGAGAAGCUACUCUACAAGAUGGUGGAAAGUAGGACUGAACGAAUUUUCAGAUUUUUCAAAAAUUAAUGAAAAUUCCAGAUACACCUGCAUCGGAACCAACAAGGCUGGUGAAGCAAGAACAACCACUGAAGUUGAGAUUUUGGUCGCUCCAACUAUCGAGGACGAAGAUAGAGUGAUUUAUGGAAAAGAGGGGAAACCGGUGCAAAUUAAUUGCAAGGCCAGUGGAACACCAUAUCCAACGAUCACAUGGAAGAAGAAUGGAAAGGAGCUUGAUGAACACAACAGCGUCCUUACCAUCUCGAACGCCACCAGAGAAGACGACGGAAAAUACUCCUGCUUGGCGACCAACGAAGCUGGAAGUGCAGUUGCUGAUUUCUUGCUCGACGUUUACACCAGGCCUUCUUUCCACCCAGAAACGACCACUUUCAAUAUUAUCGAAGGUCAUAAUGCCAAAAUCGAAUGCAAAGUUGAUGGACAUCCGAAACCCACCAUCACCUGGCUCAAGGCAGGUCGAUCACUUAACAUGAAUAAUGUGAUUCUGUCGCCACGAGGAGACACAUUGAUGAUUUUGAAAUCGAAACGUGUGGAUGCUGGACUCUACACUUGUGUCGCUGAAAACACCUUCGGAGCAAAUGAGCAAGACUUCAAGGUCAACGUCUUCACCAAACCAUACAUUGAUGAAGCCAUCGACCAGACUCCAAAGGCAGUGGCCGGUGAAAAAAUUGAUUUGAAGUGUCCGGUUCUUGGAAAUCCAACUCCGACAGUUUACUGGAAGAAGGGAGAUGACGACAUCAUAAUCGACGGCAAGCACUAUGAAUUGAUCGGCGAUGUGUUGAGAAUCAAAACAGUUACGGAAAAGGACACUGGUGCUUACACUUGUGUAGCUAUUAACGACGCUGGACAAUUGCGCACAAAUUAUGCAGUUGAUGUUAUUGGAAAGCCAACUUUCGAUCGAAAAGGAGAGAAUAUCUAUGAAGUCAUUGAAGAUCAUGAUAUAACUAUGGAUUGUGGAGUUACAUCUCGUCCACUUCCAAACAUUGCCUGGUAUCGUGGAGACAAUGCAUUGUACAUCCAACCACACUACACUAUUUCCGAGGACGGAUCCCAGAUUACUAUCAAUUCCGCCAGAUUGUCAGAUGGAGGAAAAUACACAUGCCGAGCGUCGAAUGAAGCUGGAUCUUCUGACAUCGAGGUUAUUCUUAGAAUCCUGGUACCACCAAGAAUCGAUAAGUCCAAUAUCAUUGGAAAUCCACUUGCUAUUGUCGCUAGAAACAUCUAUCUUGAGUGUCCAGUGACCGGAAUUCCACAACCAGAAGUCUACUGGACCAAGGAUGGAAGAGAUAUCAACGCCACUGAUAGCAGAAUCAUCUAUGCUCAGAAUAAUGAGACGUUCGGAAUUGAGAAGGUUCAAGUGACAGAUGCCGGAAGGUAUACUUGUACUGCUGUGAAUCGUGGAGGACGGAUUGCACACGAUUUCAAUCUUGAUGUUCUAUCUCCACCUUCCUUCGACCUCUAUAGAACUCAGCCAACAAUCAAACGAGAAGGAGACACUAUCACACUCACGUGUCCUAUCAAGACAGCUGAGGAUGUUGCUGACCAAGUGAUGGACGUGUCUUGGACCAAGGAUAGUGUGGCGCUGGAUGGAGUGGAAACUGAUAAUGUUCAUAUCUCCGACGACGGCCGCAAGCUGACAAUCGACAAAGCAUCUCUGGUCAAUGCUGGAAUGUACACAUGUAUCGCAUUGAAUCGUGCCGGCGAAGCAACUCUCGAGUUCAAAGUGGAAAUUCUGUGUACGCAUCUCGCAACCGUGCAGUGUCGUGAGCUCGAAAAUAACUAUAUUGCUCGCCAUAUGCCGCAUGUUGUAACCACCAAAAAACCAACGUCUGCCACGUCGUCGCCGCAGUCAGACGCCGCGUAUCGUGAACACAUGCGAAAGUAUGAGGAGUACUUAAAGACGUAUGAACAAGGACUAAAGCGACAGCGUGAUGAGAGCAUCCGUCGCCAGAAUGAGUAUUGGGAGAUGAGAAUUAAAAAAGAGAGUGCUGCUAGAAUUAUUCCAACUACUACUACAACCACUCCAACCUCUAUUAGUACCACUGAAUUCCAAUUUCCCUGGGCCUAUAAUCCUAAACUUGGUCAUCCAACCGGAGCUAGCGGGGUAAUGAAGGUUAAGGCUACCGUACAACACCCAACUAGAAGAUUCCGUAUGAAACGAGUUCGUCCUGUCACCCGUUGCUUCCUUUACGACCCAAUUAGACAUGUAUACCUCCUUAUGGCUCCUACUUUUUAUUUAUUUCUCCAAACUUUGAUCUGUUUCUCAUUUCCAGGAUUCCUCUUUCUUUGCGACUCUGGCUUGUCCUUUGUCUUUUUUUUUAAACUAAUGUUGUGCAGUGUAUUUUCUGCUCCACCUAUCAUCGAUACCACUAGAAAUGAGGCUCAACCACAAGUCGCUGUCAAUCAGCCAACGAUUUUGCGAUGCCCUGUCACUGGACACCCAUUCCCGACUAUCAAAUGGCUGAAGAAUGGUGUAGAGGUCACAUCGGAUGAAAACAUUAGAAUUGUGGAGCAAGGUCAAACGCUUCAAAUCCUGCUCACCGACUCAGCCCACGCUGGAAAAUGGAGUUGUGUAGCUGAGAAUGAUGCAGGAGUUAAGGAAUUGGAAAUGCUUCUGGAUGUCUUCACCCCACCAAAAGUCUCAGUUCACUCUGAAAACCCAAUCAAGGCCGUUGGUGAGACCAUCACUCUCUUCUGUAAUGCUACCGGCAACCCACCACCACAAAUGAAGUGGCUCAAGGGUGGAGCGAUGAUCUUUGACUCUCCAGAUGGACCAAGAGUCUCUUUGAAGGGUGCUCGUUUGGAUAUCCCUCAUCUCAAGAAGCACGAUGUUGGAGAUUACACGUGUCAAGCCAUGAAUGCUGCUGGAACAUCAGAGGGUAGCAUCUCAGUAGACGUAUUGGUACCACCAGAGAUCAAUAGAGAUGGAAUUGAUAUGUCGCCAAGACUUCCAGCUUCUCAAAUCCUUACUCUUCACUGUCUAGCUCAAGGAAAACCACCUCCAAAAAUCAAAUGGACACUCAACGGUACUGAACUCAAGGCCAGUAAGGAAAUCACAAUUGGAACUGAUGCAUCGUUCAUUCAAAUCAACAAUGUUUCACUCAGCGAUAAGGGAGUUUAUGAGUGUCAUGCAGAGAAUUCCGCUGGAUCUGAUAGUCUCAUGUACAAUGUGGAUGUAGUUCAAGCUCCGGUGAUUUCCAAUGGUGGAACUGAGCAAGUCAUUGAAGGAGAGCUCGCUGUGAUUGAAUGUCUUGUCGAGGGCUAUCCAGCUCCACAAGUCUCCUGGCUUCGCAACGGAAAUCGUGUGGAAACUGGCGUUCAAGGAGUCAGAUACAUGGCUGAAGGCAGAAAACUGACCAUCAUUGAAGCACGAAGCUUGGAUUCUGGAAUCUACCUCUGUUCGGCUACCAACGAAGCUGGAUCUGCUCAACAAGCAUACACACUUGAAGUAUUGGUGUUCCCCAAGAUUGUAUCAGUUGCACCAGAGACACUUACACCGUCUUCGAAUGCUGGAUUCUCAAUGCCAUGUGCAGUCCGCGGAUAUCCAGAACCGAUUAUCAGUUGGACUGUUAAUGGAAAGAAUAUUUUCAAUGGAACUAUGGGCUACAAAAUCGAUUCCGAUGGAACGUUACAUGUUGAGAAGGCCGAGCAGCGAACGAUGACAUUCGAGUGUACUGCCAAGAAUGAUGCAGGACUUGAUCAUUUGGAGUAUAAGGUUCACACUAUUAUCGCUCCAAAGAUCGGAAGCUCUGGUGUCCGCUCCUUGAACGGAUCUGAAGGCGAACAGACUAGAAUCAAGUGCGAUAUUGAAGCCGACCAAUCGGAAAUCACUUGGACCAAGAAUGGUGCACCACUUCUCCCAUCCAACACUAUCGAAUUCCAAGAGAAGAAGACGUUUGUGGUUAUCACCUCUACACGACUCUCGGAUCAAGGAGAAUACAGUUGCACCGUAGCCAACAAAGCUGGAAAUGCCACUCAAGUCACUAGUUUGAAUGUUGGAGUGGCUCCGAAGAUUCUGGAAAGGCCUAGCACUCAAGUGGUUCAUAAGGGAGAACAAGUGACGUUGUGGUGUGAGGCAUCUGGAGUUCCACAGCCAUCAAUCUCAUGGUACAAGGAUGAGCAACUUCUUUCAAAUACUGGAAUUGAUGAAACUGCCACUACCAAAAAGAAAUCUGUCAUCUUCUCCUCCAUCACCCCGUCUCAAGCUGGUGUCUACACCUGUAAAGCUGAGAAUUGGGUUGGAGCUACCGAAGAAGAUGUGGAUUUGAUUGUGAUGAUCUCUCCUGAAGUGUCUCCAGAACGAAUGAACGUCUCAACAAAUCCUCGUCAAACCGUCUUCCUUUCUUGUAACGCGACUGGAAUUCCAGAACCAGUUAUUAGUUGGAUGAGAGACUCGAACAUUGCCAUUCAGAACAAUGAGAGUGAGUCAUUAAUUAGUGCUCUUUUGUUUUCAGAAUACCAAAUUCUUGGAACCACUUUGGCAAUUAGAAAUGUUCUACCUGAUGAUGAUGGUUUCUACUACUGUAUUGCUAAGUCAGACGCCGGACAAAAGAUCGCAACCAGAAAGCUUAUUGUGAACAAACCAUCCGACCGACCAGCUCCAAUUUGGGUAGAAUGCGACGAGAAGGGAAAACCAAAGAAGACCGAGUACAUGAUUGACAGAGGAGACACUCCAGAUGACAAUCCACAACUUCUUCCAUGGAAAGAUGUCGAAGACUCGUCUCUCAAUGGAUCCAUUGCUUAUAGAUGUAUGCCAGGACCAAGAUCAUCAAGAACUGUUCUCCUCCAUGCUGCUCCUCAGUUUAUUGUCAAGCCCAAGAACACCACCGCUGCUGUUAGAGCAGUAAUUGAGCUCCGAUGCUCUGCAGCAGGCCCACCAAACCCAGUUAUCACUUGGGCAAAAGAUGGGAAACUUAUUGAGAAUGAUAAGACGGAAAUUGCCUACUCCCAUUUGAAACUGGAAUUGAAUAGUACUUCGGACUCUGGAGAAUAUUCUUGUUUGGCACAGAAUAGUGUUGGAACUAGUACUGUAUCCGCUUUCGUCAAUGUGGAUAACAUCGUUCUACCCACUCCAAUCCCGAUGAAUGUGAAGAAGAACGUGGCAAUCAUCACCUGCUACGAGAAGAACCAAGCUUACAGCCGUGGAGUCACCUGGGAAUACAAUGGAAUCCCUAUGCCGAAGAACUUGGCCGGUAUCCAUUUCAUGAAUAACGGAUCACUAGUUAUCCUGGACACUAGCUCAUUGAAAGAAGGAGAUCUUGACUUGUACACCUGCAAAGUCAGAAACCGACGACGUCACUCAAUUCCUCAUCUGAAGUCUGUUUACGAGGAAGUUCCAUCUGUGAAGACCGUUGACCGGGUGGAAGUGAACAAUGGAGACUCUACAGUAAUCGACUGUGAAGUUAGCAGUGAUCCACUGACGACGCAUGUUGUAUGGACCAAGAAUGAUCAGAAGAUGAUGGACGAUGAGGCGAUCUACGUGCUGCCCAACAAUAGUUUGGUGUUGUUAGAUGUUGAAAAAUAUGAUGAGGGAGUUUACAAGUGUGUUGCUUCCAAUUCAAUUGGAAAAGCAUUCGAUGACACUAAGCUCACGGUAUACGACGUAACAACGUUUCUAGACGGUGAAAUCACGCCUCUGACCGGUUCCGAAGGAAGUGGCGUUGAAAUUGCUGAGCCUUCAAAUGUAGGAGUUCCAACGCGUCGUGACACGUCGGUUGAUGAUGAGGAACGGGAAAAACAACUCCAGAUGACAACUACGACGACUACAGCUCCAGAUGUUCAUACAACACAGCCAUCCAGAGUGUUGACCAUCAAAUCGGCUCCUGAAUUCCCAACAGAGGACAUGUAUGACGGAAGUGCAAACUAUCCAGAAUUCGGACCAACCACACAUGACGUCUUGAUUGAGAGACAAUCCGAUUUGCAUUCUCAACACGCCGUUGUGGACACCCCAGACUGUUACGGAACAAUUAAUGAGAAUGGUGAUUGUGUUGAUGGCGAUGGAACCCACCACCGCUUGAAGAUCCUUUCCGGCGAGAACAAGUGUCCAGAGGGUUACGCCAUCAAUCCACGCACCAACGUUUGUGAGGACCUCGACGAGUGUCAAUUCCAUCUUCCAUGCGAUUUUGAAUGUAUCAACACCGAAGGCAGCUACGAAUGCCGUUGUCCACCUGGAUAUGAACUUGCUGAUGAUGGAUGCUACGACAUCAAUGAGUGUGAGUCAGUGAGAUGUGAAGAAGGAAGAGCGUGCUUCAAUCAGCUUGGAGGAUACGAGUGUAUUGAAGAUCCGUGCCCGGCCAAUUAUACGCUGGUGGAUGACCGAUAUUGUGAACCAUUGUGCGAGAAUUGUACUUUGACACCGAUUCAAGUGCAUAUGCUGGCUAUUCCAAGUGGAUUACCAGGUAAAGUUUUUGAAGAGUCAGUGUAUAUUUCUCUAAUUUUUAUAGUUUCCCACAUUGCCACACUUACUGCAUACGAUAAGAGCGGAAAAGUGCUUAAUGACACCACCUACUCCAUUUCUGACAGAGAAGGACCAAUGGGAAGAGGAAGAAUGAGUUCUGGACCAUUCAACAUCCGAGAAGUGAAGGCUGGACACGCACAAGUGUGGACCAACAGAAUUCUGGCAGCCGGUGACCACCGUAAAGUUCGUGUCCGAGCUCACUCAGACCAUGCCACGAAUGAACUUCAUGCUCCCAAAGAAACACUUUUCCUCAUCCUCAUUAAUGUUGGACAGUAUCCAUUCUAG